UAUUCCUGAUUUUUCAGAGCGGCCUGCACCUGUUCGCUGGUGGUGGGCGGGGGUACAGGUGUAUUAAGGGCGGGGGUCACGGCAUCGAUUUGUCUCACACCGCGUCACUUUCACUGAGAGGAAUUGCAGAUUUGCGACCUGGGCUUCAACCAUGAAGUCAGCCCGUCGUUUGGUGGGAUUUCUGGGUCUUGCUGCCUUAGGAAUGGCCGCUUUCUAUGGCGUCGUCCAUUUCGACCUAGCGCGGUUUGUCAGUCUGAAGGCAGCGCAGUCCACACGUGUGCUCCACACCGGGCACAAGUCAAACACUACAGGGCAUGCGCACAUCAACUCCUCGCCUGACGUCACCACGCUGAACGACGCGCCUGCGCAGGACAUGCCUGAAGUGGUGCGGUGGUACUGUAACACUCCGAGGAGACUGGAGGGCGAAGAAGGUCAAGUUCCGGAUGGAUUUCGUCUGAAAGCCGUGUUUGUGGUGACUCGUCAUGGCGACAGGGUUCCCAUGGAAACGCUUCCCAACGUCAAGUACAACUACAACUCCUGGACGUGCAAGCUGGACCCCGGCAAAUGGCCGUCCGACCCACUUCUCUCGUCAUUCGUCAAGAGUGCAGAGAUGUUGCGUACACGUCCUAAUAUUUUCGGGAGUUCCGCCAAAGGAUUGGUGAGCAUGUCGCCAUAUCCUAACAGCGCCGGCGGACCGUCAAAGCUUACACAGACCGGAGUCGCCCAGCUUCUGCGUGUUGGAGAGAAACUACGGAGAGCUUACAUAGAUAGUAAACUUUUAACAGCUGGGGACACGGAGGACCAAUUUACUGUCAUUACCACGCCAUAUUCCAGAACGUACCAAAGCGCCACCGCGCUGAUGUACGGGGUACUGCAGGAUGAUUUAUUCAAGAUAAGAGUACAUCAGGAAAAUAACGUACUGUUUUGUGGCGCGAACUGUCGCUGUCCACUCAGAAAUGAGUACAUGAAACAAUUUAAAUCAGUCGAUGCUAAGUAUUUUUCUCAGAACGCGGAGUUUGCAGCUGCGCUAGAAACCGUUGCGAAGACUCUGAACAGCAAGGUAGCUAACGUUCGAUAUAAGAUCAUCGACGCUUUAUUUGGCCACGUGUGCAACAAGCUGGACCUUCCGUGUACUACGCAAACUCAUGCAUGCUUGGAGAGGGAGCAUGCGCGGAACGUACUCAAGUUUGUCAACAAGGAUGAGGAGCAAAGACGGGAAUCAUUUAAUGAUUAUUCGCGUCUUGCGAUUCAACCUCUUCUAAGCUCCAUAGCAAACAGAAUGGCAAGACUUGUGGAGGAAAAGACGGAGGUUGCCAAGUUUGUGGUGUACUCUGGGCACGACAUGACGGUUACACCAUUGCUGAGCGUACUUGGACUGACGCAUGCGCGGUGGGUGCCCUACGCGACACACGUUGUCAUGGAGAUGUGGGAACGAGAUCAUCACGAAGACUCUCAGACGUCGUUUGAGAAAAACUCCACUUUAACAAAACCGGGAAGACUAGAAUUAAAGCAAGCAGCGACGUCAUUAAAAGGAACUUUUGUCAGGUUCAUCCACAUGGGAAGAGAUGUCACGGACAGGCUGGGAUUUUGCACGGGGAAACUCCAGGCAAGACUCUGUCCACUCGAGGAAUUUUUGGAAUUCGUAGAACACGGAGUAUUUCAGAAAUUUGGCAAGGACAGCUACACAGAGGCAUGUACACCAUAGAACAGUCUAAAGGGUAGCAA